GGUUCUUAGGGGCGAGCUGCGGAGGCGGCGGCUCAGGCUCGCGCCGGCUGCAGUGGCCGCCCCGGGAGCGCAGCCAUGAACCCCAACUGCGCGCGUUGCGGCAAGAUCGUCUACCCCACCGAGAAGGUCAACUGCCUGGACAAGUUCUGGCAUAAAGCAUGUUUCCACUGCGAGACUUGCAAGAUGACCUUAAACAUGAAGAACUACAAAGGCUACGAGAAAAAGCCGUAUUGCAACGCACACUACCCGAAGCAGUCCUUCACCAUGGUGGCCGACACUCCAGAGAAUCUGCGCCUAAAGCAGCAGAGUGAGCUUCAGAGCCAGAUUCGCUACAAGGAGGAAUUUGAGAAGAACAAGGGAAAGGGCUUCAGCGUGGUGGCUGAUACCCCCGAGCUGCAGAGAAUCAAGAAGACUCAGGAUCAGAUCAGCAACAUAAAGUACCAUGAGGAAUUUGAGAAGAGCAGGAUGGGUUCCAGCUCUGGUGAAGGUGGAGAGAUGGAGCGCAGGAACUCUCAGGAUGGCGCCAACUACAGGAGACCCGCGGAACAGCAGCAGCACCACCAGCAACCUCAUCACAUCCAGCCCAGCAACCCUGCCUACCAGCAGCAGCAGCAACAGCCUCCAUCUCAUUCCUAUGGCUACAAGGAGCCUGCCGCUUCAGUCUCUAUACAGCGUAGUAUCCCUUCCGGAGGAGGGAAGCGGUUCCGUGCUGUCUAUGACUACAAUGCAGCUGAUGAAGAUGAGGUCUCCUUCCAAGACGGUGACACCAUCAUCAACGUGCAGCAGAUAGAUGAUGGCUGGAUGUAUGGCACCGUGGAGCGCACAGGGGACACCGGCAUGCUCCCAGCCAACUAUGUGGAGGCCAUCUGAGCCUUGAGGAGAAGGGGGGACACAACCCAACACCCAAAGCACCCCGCUCGCACUGGGGCCCCCCCAUCGCGUGUGCGUGUCUCAUCCAGCACCCUUCUGCCAUUCCUCCACCAGAGCUGCAUCCCUCUCAUGUCCAUACUUUGUGUUCUGAAACUCUGCAGCCGUCUCCCGGUUUCUCUUGCCAAUGUAGCUUUUGUUUCAUAGAUCCCAUAGCUCUGUUGAGACUCUGCAGGAGAUCUGUCUAGUGACCACACCAUAUGACCCGACAGCCCAAACCAUUGCAGCUUUUCUCCCCCCUCCUACCUCUUCCUUGUAACUGUCAAGGGGUUUAGGGCACCAGUUGGGGGCCCUGCCUCUCCAGGGGCACUUUCUGACUGGUGGAAACAGGUUGAGUCACUGGGAUCCUAAACACUGGGAGAAUCCCAGCUAACCCCCCCACCCCCCAAACAGGAGCAAAUUCAUCCAUCUCUACUAGGGACCAAGCCAAGCAGUUAGAGUAACAAGGGACCAAUGACUGAGGGGGUUGCUGCCUAGCGGCAGGGGUGAGGAGGGCUUGUGGCCUGCUUUCUGCCUGAUUAACUAGGGUUUCUGUUCUUCAGAGCCACAAGCAUCUCCUGUCUGGAGCUGGUAACACCCUGGCCUGUGCAGCUUUUGCUCUGGGCCACUUCCUAGUUUCCACAUCUAUCUCUUGUCCACUGCUAAACAUUCCCAGUGAGUUGUUCUCCCCAUCAGCCUUUCACCACUACAACUUUUAGUGAAAACUUUUUUUUUUUAAUCUUUUCAUGACCUGAGUCAGUAGAUCCAAAAGGCUCUUGAAGAGGCCUUGUGCUUAGUUCUGUCUUGUUUUUGGUUGAUCAUUGUUCUGUGCUGCCUGUCCUCCAUGGCACUGAGGUCUGUAAGGUCCAGUGGGGGGAUGGAGGCAGCUGUGGCAGGGAGCAAGGGGGUCAGAACCUAAUCCUGAGACCUAUGGACCCCCUUUACCCUCAAGUCUUUCACAGGUCUGGGAGGGGUUGGCAUCUGCAGCAGGGACCACAGCACAGCACUGAAUAUUAGCCCAUGGCUGCUUCUGUCUGAGGGCUCCAUGCCUUGAAGUGGGGGGUAAGGAUGGGCAGGGGAGACUCUACUUUUCCCCAAACUGGGACACUGCUGCCAAGCAAGAGGAAUAGUCACUGGCAAGCUUCCUGCCAUUCUGUAGCUGCAGCUGGGCCUUCUGUCUCCAGGGACCCUGCUCACUGUCAUGCCUGACCCCUUCUUGCAGUCAGCUGGAGCAGGCACACACUUGACAGCAAUUGCUUCUAGCCUCAGUGGCAAUUUCGGCCAUAGUAAGAUGUGCGUAUAGCUCAGAUCUUACUUUCUGUCCACAAACAAACCAAGCCAAGGGCAAAAUAAACCGUUGCCCCAUUUCCUUCAGCCAUUUGUGCUGGGAACAAAGGGCAGGUGAUGUGGAAAUGGUUUUUGCUGGGGCUGUGGGUUCUCUUUAGGCUUCACAAUAAAGGUGAAGACUGGGAUUUUUAUCUCCACCAAGGUGCGGUUCCUCUCUGCUUUUAGGUUGACGUGUGCCUCAUGCUGCUGUGGAGUUCAGCAGGUGCUACUAAAGGGUCUGUGGACUGGAGAACAGGAAGGGGGGCCAAGUUGGAGAACCAGUGCUCUCCACAAGAGGUUCUCUUGGCCUGAUACUUCAGCCACCACCCAUUAGAAAGAGCAGUGAGAGCCAGCUAGUGCCACUGUGCUGCUUGCUUCCCUCCCCCUCUCCCCAUCCCCGGGCAGGCAUGCUAGUUCGCCUUACAUUCCAUUUCCAGCCUUUUUCCCCUGAAGAAGACAAGCAAUGGACAAGCGUGCUCAGCCCUUGCCUUCUGCACUCUCUCCUUGAUCUGUGCCAGCAGUAGAUGUCUGAGGCUGCUACUGGCUUGGAUCACAUCCUGGACCAAAACUUCAAAGCACAACCCCUGCCCUCUUUCUGGUUUGAACUAAGAGCUCUGGGAACCAAAUAGCAGGGGCAACUAUAACUGGAAAUCUCUAUGCAGGGAGGGCAGAAAGGAUGGUGCUGCGUUAUCCUGGGUUUAAGGCACUUGAGCAUUUGAGGAUGGUGGUGAAGCAGCCCCUUCUCCAGCUCAGUCCACUGGGGAGCCCCCUCCACCUCACAAACUAGUUAUGCCAUCCUGUUUGGCUUGGCCUAAUGGGGCCUACAUUCCCUGGUGCCUUUCUCUUACCCAAGAACUCCACGCAACUUAAUGGGUCUGUGGAAUAACAUAGACCACUGCUCCAUUCCUGAGAAGGCUGCAUAUGGUGUGGCCAGUGAGGUGGUCUCAGCUAGGCCCAAGGGUCUCUUUUUAAUGGAUUGAGUUGCUACCAGGCUUCUUGAAAGCAAGUCCUGAGCCCCAGUGAGGUGCCAUUAGCUCCCAAAACCUUCCAGAUAGGUCACCCCUCCCUCAUGGGGUAAGGGGAUGGGGGCAGAGGACCACAUGUUUACAAGUGUACUGUGCCAGGCUUUAACUCUCCUGGCACCUUGACCAAUGGGACCAUUUACACCUUGAUGGGAGAAACUGGAUAUUAGACAGAGGUGGCCAGACCCCUGGAAGGAUGCAGACUGCCAUAGACUAUCAGUUGCCCACUAGCACAAGGAUACUGGGCUACAGACAAAUCCCUGUCUCUUUCUCCUCUUCCCCCCAUAGUGGUGCUCGUGCCCAAGGUGAGGGGAAAGAGUCUAGGAGCCAGGGGCCACCUGGCUAAGUGUUGUAUGGAGAUUAGGGAUCUUUCUGCCUUUUAUUAUCGUAAUUAUUAUUAUUAUUUUUUUUUUUUUGGCUUUUCCUUGCAAACCAUUCUGAAAAUGGGGACAGCCAGCUUUUGGCAAGCAAAAAAAUUUCACAUCCUCCCUUCUCUUGAGUUCUUGCUGUUUCCCUUCUCUCAAAAGCACAGUGGAAACAAAACUGGCAAAAAAACAAAAACCUGAAUUGAAGAUGCGUUGUCUCUUUUAUACCGUGGGGGCCUAGGGGUGGGAUGCAGUAGUGUGUGCAAAAACCUCUGGCUCGGAUUCCUCUCACGCUGCUGUAGUAAGAGCGCCAAUCUGGGAAGAGGGUCUCUGGAGCCCAGGGAUCCAUUGGCUGAAGAGUGACAAGUCAGUCGCGUCCCAAAAGGGGAAGAUGCAGCCAGGAGUGAGAAUGAGCCUGGGUGGGGUGGGGAAAUGAGAACCUCUGAUUUUCUCUUUUAUUUUAAUCUUUUUUUAAACCAGCUUUCCUAGCAGGCUAAGGACUUGCAGGGGUAUUGGGAGGGAGUGUGGGAGGGGAUGCAGUCAACUGGGAUGUGGUUCUUGAGGGCAGGUCCCACAUGGCUGAGAUGGGCUCUGGGGAACUGGAAUCCCUGUUGGUGCUAAAACACGUGAGCACAGGAGCUGAAGAAGGGGAGAGGUGAAUAUCCUUUACUGCUAAUGCUGUUCUUAAAGCUAGUUAUGGGGGGAGGAGGAAUAACAAUGUGAAUAAACUUUUUUUAAUGGACCAAAUAAAUCAAGGAAAUUGAGUUUUGGUAUAAAACUUUUUUAAUGCUACCUUGAGUCUGUUGUCAUUCUCUCCCCUUUCAUCCAUCUGCCCCUUCUCUCCUGCCAUGGGAAACAAACCUCUUUACUGCUUGAUUUCUGCCUUCUCUCUGACUUAUGCACUUUUUUGCCUUUUUUCAUAGCUGAAAAGCACCUAAACCUGUAUUUAAAAUAAAUAGAGAAAAUGU